CGACGAGAGAAAGAAAGGGAUCGAUCGAUCAUAUUCAUCAAUCUUCUUUCUCAGCUCUCUUUUGGCUCACUAUACUUUAAGAAAACGAAGUCAAAGAUUAAUUAUUAAAUAAAGGGUGAAGAAAAGAAGAACCCUUUUCUUUCUCUCUCUCUAAUUCAUUGAUUUGCCUUGAGACUCUACGAUCAGCCACAGGUUAUAAAUAUCACGAGUGAUGAUGGGUAAAAGAAACUGAAAGCAAAUGGAGGAGAAAUCUGUGAUAACUUAUGAUAGAGACUUCGGGCGGCAAUAAGCAGAAGACUAUCCCGCUCAUUUUAAACCGCUGUUCUGGUACUGGUAUCAAUGUAGACGUUUCUCUUUACCCUUUACCCGCUUUCUCUCUACGUAUCUCGGCAAUCUUGAAUUCUUCCGCUUUGGAAGCUCGCUUUUCGAUCUGGGUAUUCUAUUAGGGGAUUCGGGUAUAUGAUGCUUUGUUCUGAUUUAAGAAAUCGGAUACACUCAUGGCUUCGCGAUUAUGAUAGGAUUCAAUCCCUUGCCGUGAUUCUCAUUUACAUUCAAAUUGGUUGUGCAUUGGUUGGAUCUCUGGGAGCAUUGUACAACGGAGUUUUGUUGAUAAAUUUGUCAAUUGGACUGUUUGCACUGGUUGCAAUUGAAAGUAGCAGUCAAAGCCUUUCAAGGGCCUAUGCUGUCCUUCUAUUCUUUUCCAUCAUAAUUGAUAUCUUCUGGUUCACGCUCUUUACUCAUGAGAUUUGGAAUAUCUCUUCGGAGACGUAUGGGCCAUUUGCGAUAUUAUCAGUGAAGCUGACCUUAUCAAUGCAGAUUGUUGGAUUCUGUGUGAGAUUGAGUUCGUCGUUUCUAUGGGUUCAAAUGUACAGAUUGGGUGUUUCUUAUGUAGAUCGAGAUGCAUAUUUUGAUGCCCGAAAUAGUUUUCUUAGUCCUACAACUCAUGCUAUAGCUAGACAUACCUCUGGUUCAGAUGAUGCUCUUGGAGGCUCUAUCUAUGAUCCAGGAUAUUACUCUUCCCUCUUUGAAGAUGGUGUUCAAAAUGUUCAUUCUUGCGGGGGUUGCAUUAAUGGGGUCAAUGAGGGACUGUCUUCUGUCUCUAGUGGUGAAGGUUCUUCUUCUCAAAGGAAGCCGCCACGCUUGGGCAAAUCUCCUCUUGGUAAUGAUGAGAAUCCAUUUGAUAAGUUUCAGAGUGUUUGAGAUGAAGAUAAAAUUUGCCUUCUUUUUAAACCAUUUAUAGUUGUAUUUAUUGAAGAUUAUUAUUCAUUAUUAUUAUUAUUAUUAUUGCUAAACAUAGCCAAUUUUUAUCAGGAAUUCCAAUGAAAAGGCAGAGCUUUGUACA